AUGACGCGCCGACGCUCAGGACGACGAGCGGGCCGUCGCGUGGAGGCAGCCCGCCGCGACGAGCGCGCCCCCGCCGCCCCGCCGCAUUACGGGGACGUCGAGCGCCGCCUCAUCGAGGAGGUGCUCUACCUCCACUCGCUCUGGCGCUCCGGCCCACCCACCCCCGCCCUGCACCCCGGGGGCGGAUCCUUCGCCACCCAUGUCCGCGCCGACCGGCGGAAGCGCCGCAGGCUCGAGCGCCGCGCCGAGCCCGCAGACCCGGGCCCAGAUUGGCCCCUCGCGCCCUCCCCGCCGGCCUCCGCAUCGCCCGGCCCCUGGCCCGACGCCCCCUCCUCCUCCUCCCCCACGCAGCAGCCUCCACCGCCGGAGCCUUCCCCCGCCCGGCUCGCGCAGCGCGCCGCCCUCCGCGCCGCGGAGGAGUUCUUCUCCGGGAACGCCUCCGAGAGCGACGACGACGACGAGGAGGGGUCCGAGUCGGAGGAUGCCGGGGACGCGGCGGCGGGGUUCUUCGUGGGGCUGUUCGAGCGGGACGCCGAGCUCCGGGGCUACUACGAGCGGAGCUACGAGGAAGGGGAGUUCGUCUGCAUCGGUUGCGCGGGGAGGAAGGCGAGGAGGGGCAGGGUCAGGAGGUUCCGGGACUGCGUCGGCCUCGUGCAGCACGCGCGCGCCGCCACGCGCUGCGGGAGGCCGCGGGCGCACCGCGCGCUCGCCUCCGCCGUCUGCCGCGUGCUCGGCUGGGACAUCGAUAGGCUGCCCAGCAUCGUCAUCGACCCCCGCGGCACGCUCGGGCAGGCUCUGCUUGCCAGGGAGAGCGCCGCCGCCGCCGCUGCCCCCGCUCACGAGACAGAGGAGAAUGUCGAUAGUAUGGAGAAUGGCAACGAGGAUGCAGCCAAGGAGGAUGGUGGUUUGGGGAAGAAGAGCUCCUCCUCGAGUGAUAAGGAGGAUGACGUUGAUAGCGGGAUGAAUGAUAGCCCCUUGAGGGCCGGGGCUGCAACAAAGGAGGACGUUGAGACAAUGAAGAGCGGCACUUCAAGUAAUGGCAAUGAUAGAGAGGCUCAUGAGCAAGAGAAUGUCACAGAAACGGCGGAAAAGGAUGAUACAGACCCAUUGGGCUCCAAAGACACACCUAUGGAGCUCCGUAAAUCUGUCCAGGAGGAAGAAGGUGCUAUUGAUAAUAAACAGGAUAUGGGGGACAUUUGUAAUGUCAAGGUUGAAACCAAUUCAUCGAAGGAAGAAGCUGCUACAGAGAAUAAGCACGAGCAUACUAACAACAUUUUUGGUACUGGAGAUGGUGAUAUUGGUAGCCCAGGACACAAUUUAAUUGACUCAACAAAGAGCUGAAACAGAUCCUGGUAGCCAUCCAAUCCAACUGUGUGGAGAAGGCCGGCGACCAUUGCCUAUUAUGUUUCUGCACUAAAUGUGAACUCAACCAGAGCAUUAUCAGAUUUUGCAUCCAUGUAGUUAAUCAACUGUUACUAUUUGCUGACCUAACCGAGCAUAGCUCAUUCUCCCACCUGAGCACUCGUGUAAGAGAGAAGUUUCUGUUGUGAUCAAUUGGAUCAGUAUCAGAUUUUGCAUUCAUGUAGUUAGUCAACUAUCGCUCUUUGGUGACCUAACCAAGGAUAGAUCUCAUUCUCUAACUUGAGCACUGAUGUAAGAAGUUUCUAUUGUGAUCAACUGGAUCCUGCUGCAGUUUCUCUAAAUAAAAGAGCCAAGCGAUCUGGUCCGUCUUCCCCAAGUGA